CAAGCGAGCUACUCUUAUCGGGUGAAAAGUGCUUGGCAACACGAAUAACGUACGGACCUUGGUGUGGAAUUUAACCGUCUCAUUUAUAUGCCGUUUGGCUUUGUUCACAGAAAAUUCAACCUCGACCUUCUACAGCCAACACCGCACGAUGAGUUCCAGCACGGCCGCGAAACAGGGCUUGGUGGCACUGGAAGAGGCCCGCCGGUUCAUGGUGGACUGCUUGGUCAAAUCGAAGACCCCGCUGGCCCACGCCAAACAGCAGGCCGAUUUGCUGCUGGAGGCGGACUAUCGCGGUCACUUCAGCCAUGGUAUGAACCGGCUCGAGAUGUACAUCAACGAUCUGCAUAAGAACGCCUGCAGUGGCGAGGCGGUGCCAACGAUUCUUAACGAAACGCCGGCCACGGCAUGGGUCGACGGAAACAACGGGUUAGGUGCCGUCGUCGGUAACUUUUGCAUGGACUUGGCGAUCCAGAAAGCAAAGGAAGUCGGCGUGGGAUGGGUGUGCGCUAAGCGAUCGAACCACUACGGCAUUGCAGGAUGGUACACACUUCGUGCCAUGAACGCAGGUUGCAUCGGAAUGUCUAUGACCAACACGUCUCCGUUGGCGAGCCCUACCCGAAGCAAAGAAGCUGCGCUCGGUACCAAUCCCAUUUCGGUAGCCGCUCCGGCCAAGGACGGUGAUGGUUUCGUGCUCGAUAUGGCCACAACUGCCGUCGCGGUCGGAAAGAUUGAAAUGCAGCGUCGCAAGAACGAACCCAUUCCAGUGGGUUGGGCACAAGGACCAGAUGGACAUCCGACGACGGAUGCUAGCGUUGCGUUCGAUACGGCAUGUUUGAUGCCCUUGGGAGGAACAGAGCUAACAUCCGGCUACAAGGGUUACGGACUGGGUGCCAUGGUCGAAGUAUUCUGUGGCAUUCUCUCCGGAGCGAAUUACGCCACAAAGAUUCGCAAGUGGACACACGCUGGGGCGGACUCUGAGGCCGAUUUGGGCCAGUGUUUUGUAGCCAUCAAUCCGGCAUGCUUUGCUCCUGGAUUCGAGGGACGAAUGUCGGAUAUGAACAGUAUUUUGAGGAAUAUGCCAAUGACCAACCCGGACCAGCCCGUGCUCGUGGCAGGAGAUCCAGAGCGGAACCAUAUGGAAAUGGUAAACAAGGAAGGUGGUUUAGCCUACCACAUCAACCAGAUCAAGACGUGUACAGAAUUGUCCAAACGUUUGGAUGUGAAACCAAUUGAGGUUAUCUAAACUACAAAACUCACCAGUGAGAUUUGUUUACAUAUCAGCACCCUUUUCUGAUUUUGUUAACAUAUUGUCGAAUUUCGAAAGCAAUUUUAAUUAGUCUAUUAAAGU